CUCUGCUUGCUGCAGCCGGUUCGUUCUACGCGCCUUGAUUUUGGCCUGUCGAACCAGGUGCCUUCAUGCGGACCCAGCAUGGGCCACCCCAUAGGACCCAUUGUCCCGGCGGCUCUUCGCUCGUCGCCAUUAGACCAGCAACUAUGACCCCCAUCUACUCUCUCUAUUCUAGGACCACGGCGCCUACAGGAGCCUGGCCUUGGGAUAUUUCUGUAACAUGAUGCAGGAGUCGAAUUGCUUGGGCGACAAAUACCUUGCAAGCCCCAGUGUCAGUUCUUUCGGACUUUCCCCCUCUCUGUCUCGUGUGGUGCUUUGUUAUUCAUUCCAAUAAAGCUGGGCUCGUUGCUGCAACUCUUUGACUAUUCACUUUUUGUUGAACUGGGAAAAUAUAUCUUCUUUCUCGUCUCGAUAUUCAUUUCUUCCAAGCUGCAUAUAUUCUCGUUGUGAGACCAACAUAUCGCCAGACGAUGACAAGGUCUCAUACUCGUCAUGUCUCUGUGAGAGGCUCCAUCCUAAUGCUUCUGGCAAUCAUGACUACAAAUACAUCCGCAAACCACGGGCUGAAUCUACACCACAAACGUGCCGACACUUGCUCUGAAUCCUCGCAGAAGUGUAGUGGCGCCGGCUUACCAGAUAGCUUUUGUUGCUCCUCAUCUUCAACCUGCAUUGGCAUAGACGGCGGGAGCUCAGUUAUCUGCUGCCCUGAAGGCCAGGAUUGCUCUUAUAUCCAGCCUAUAACAUGCGACGUAACGAAGCAAAAUGCCAGCCUCCAUCCAAAUAAUGUCAUCAAAACAACCCGACUAGAUGACGACUUGCCCAAAUGCGGGAAAGCAUGCUGCCCGUUUGGAUACACCUGCCAGGGGAAUUUUUGUGCUGUGGACAAUACUGCAUCGUCUUCCACUUCGACCAGCACGACAAAAUCCACCUCUACCCCCACCUCUACCUCGUCGGAGUCUACAUCGGAGUCUUCCACGGACCAUUCCACCGAGUCUUCUACUGCGACUGAUGCCGAAACGACAACUGACUCUGCGAUUCCUAUCGCGGGUGACCUAUCUUCCAUAACAGCCGUCGACUCAUCAAGUAUCGCAGAACCAACCCCUAAUGCUUCACAGUACUCUGCUGCUUCUUGCAACAACGUUUCGGAGACCGAGAAUUCCUGCCCUGCUUUCCCAACCAACGCCGUUCUAGCAGGCUUCUUCCCUGGCUCCGUUUUCGGUGCCGUGGCCGCCUUGAUACUAACGGUCUGUAUUCGGAGACAACGAAGAAACAAACUCCCACCAGGCGAAAAGCUCCACAAAAGCGCAUUUCGCAAAUCAACGGGCACACUAAUCGGCAUAUCUGAACCCAUUCCGUCGGACGACAGCUCUUUCCGCACGGACUUUCUCCUCAGUAGAAAUUCUAAACGUAACUCUGAAGGAUCCCGUUCUGUCCUCCAACGCAGCAGGUCUCGGGUAAAGAGCCUCUUCAGUGCAAGCCCAAAACCGACCCCAGCGCCAGCGGAGGAUAUACCGGCCGUGCCGCCUGUACCAGCCGUCCUACCUUUACCAGUGACUCCUCGACAGGCCCCGCGGCAACCCAGCACGGAAAGCAUCCGUGUCUACACGCCCCCUGGCGUAUUCAAUACCACAGGAGCCCUUCACCCCUCGCCCUACCCAGACCAGCAGCGGCCCAACACGACCCUGACCGAGAUUCUCGACCGAGCGCAAGCGCAAAUGCAAGCCUCUGAAUCGGCUCCUGCCAGCACUGCCAACAGCAAAGCCAGCAGUACAGCCGCCAACAAUGCAAACCAGCGCUUUCUGCUCCCUCCGCCGCAGCAACUAGGCCGGCGCAAACAGUUACCUUAUUAAACUUGCGCAUUCGGGUUUCACGUCUUAUCAACCCAUAUUCAAUAACAUUACUUCGUACCGCAUAGUUUGAUUGGGAUGCACAAUCCACGCAUUGCAAUACUCUACAUUUCCGUUUCAUUGCGAAUCUGGCGUGAAUUGCAGUCUAGCAUUUCAGCGAGCAUAUUUUCUUUGUGUAUUAACUUUAUGUUUAUAUCACCUUGUAAUGCAGCAGGCUGCUAGAGCAGAAUACAUAUAAUUAAGACAGAAUAUCUUUAUAUGAAUAUCAAC